AUGAAACCCAUUGGAAUGGAAACUAACAUCUAUGAAGAAGAACAGGGCUCACCUUAUCUUAUAUCUGCAAAGUGCCUGGGAACUCCAAAGGAAGCCAAGUAUGAAGAAUACCAAAGAAAGACAGAAAAUCAGACAAGUCCAUAUGAAUUUCAGAAUUUUUUGCUGGAAUCUGAGCCUAGCUUGCCAUCUGUGUCAUCCUUAUUGGACCACAAUGAGACAUCCUUGCAACUUGGCAUGGCUGCAGAGCGUGCCAGUGCCAUCAACCAGCCCAAGACAAAGCACCUUUAUGAAGAAUUAUCCUGUUCUACAAGGCACAUGUCAAAGGAAGACCCUUUAAACCUUCCCAUGUACACAGAAUGGCCAGCGCUCCCAGGAAAAAAUUUAGACAAGAAACCAGAAGCAAAUUAUGAGAUCAGAGUCAUAGAACACAAACCAUGUGCUAUCACAUUUUCUGAUUUUGAAUUUUUAUCGCAUGAAGCUGGCACUAAGCUCCAUAUUUGCAAGGCAGCAGAAGCAGAUGAUUUUUCUUCUGAAGAGGAAGAAGCAGAUAACAGAGGUGAUCAUGACACAUUUACAGAACUGCCACUGUAUAAGGCAUUUUUCAAAGGCCUUCAGAGAAGGAAUGUUUCCCAAAGAAAGCAAGCUAAACAUGAACUUACUAAAUAUCAGCACAACUGUCAUUCAGAAGACUGCAAUAAUCAUUCUGAAAAGGCAUUGAAGGACCAUGACAAAGAAGAAAAACAAAUGGAGCUGGAGACCCAACCAGAAAAAGAAUCUGAAUGGCCAGACUCUAUGUCAUGGCUUAUGAAGAAACUGGAACAGUUGAACUUAGAUAUUGAAGAAGCUCUGAGUGCUGGCUCUUCUCCCUCCAGUACUCCUUCUUCUAAAAGGCACAAGCAACUGUGCCCUGUUCAAGUAGAGACAGGCCUUUAUGGACAUCAUCAAGAAAAAGGAUCUUGGAAAAAUAGAAGAGGAGACUACCAGCAUCAAAAUUGUUUACCUUACCGAGUGUUGACUGGAGCACGACCUAAAACUGAUAUGCUGUUUCAGAAGCUGUGCAAGGAAAAAGCAGAAAUCGAAGCAAAGGAAGCGUGUGACUGGUUACGUGCAGCUGGAUUUCCCCAAUAUGCUCAGUUCUAUGAGGACUCCCAGUUUCCCAUUGACAUUGCUGCAGUAAAGAAAGAUCAUGAUUUUCUUGACAAGGACCUUGUAGAACCUCUUUGCAGACGACUGAACACACUGAACAAGUGCGCCUCAAUGAAACUCGAUGUGAACUUCCAAAGAAAAAAGAGUGAAGAUUCAGAUGAAGAAGAUCUCUGUGCUAUCAGUAAUAAAUGGACUUUCCAAAGAACCAGCAAACGAUGGUCUCGGGUGGACGACAUUGACGCUCUGCUUCACCGGUCUGACAGACAUGGCUCUUCUGGGGACAUUAAAAUGAAAAACACGACAAGCAGUGAGAGCGUCCUUACAGAUCUGAGCGAGCCUGAGCUCUCAUCGAUUCACAGCGAGAGCAGUGGGGGCAGUGACAGCAGGAGCCAGUCUGGCACCACCAGCGCUGCCAGGGAGGCCUGUGACUGCUCUGCCCAUCACGAUGUGGAGAGCACCCUGCUGCAGGACUCCGCUGCAAUAAACACCGCCCCAUUCCCCAAGGACGGCCUGAAGAAUGAAAAUCCAACACGAGCCAGAGCGAAAACCUUUCUAAAACGCAUGGAGACGCUGAAAGCAAAAGCCGUGCAUGGAAAGCUAAAAGGCUCGGGAAGAACAGGUCCUUUAGAGAUCAGUGGACCAGUUCUCCAGUUUGAGCCAAAAUCCUUGAAAGACAUGCACUGUGUACAGAUAGUCAAUGGCGAUCUCCAGAAUUUGGGGCAAGAUUCAGUCAAAAGAGGGCUUCCCUCUUCUGCUAAAUCCAGCAGUGACAGCAGCCAGUCCGAAAACAGCAGCAGUGGGGUGAGCACGCCGUGUUUGAAGGAACGCAAAUGCCAUGAAGCAAACAAGAGAGGUGGGAUGUACCUGGAGGACCUGGAUGUUCUGGCAGGAACAGCCUUACGGCAAGUGGUGGACCAAAACCGCAAAAACGAAUUUCAUUCCCAAGAGAACUUGGUUGUGCACAUUCCCAAGGAUCACAAACCAGGGACCUUCCCAAAGGCACUUUCCAUUGAAAGCCUCUCACCUACAGACAACAGUAACAGUGUAAACUGGAGGACAGGCAGCAUCUCUUUGGGAAAGCAGAACUGCUCUACUCCAAAGGAAUCUGGCCUGAUGGCUUGCUGUCCUAAAGAGAGCAGAAUUAGUAUUUAUGACAAUGUACCAGGUUCCCACUUGUAUGCUAGUACUGGGGACCUCCUGGACAUAGAGAAGGAUGUCCUUUUUCCUCAGUUAGAUGACAUUUUGCAACAUGUCAAUGGACUGCAGGAGGUGGUAGAUGGCUGGUCAAAGAAGGUGUUGCCAGGUCUGCCGGUUGGUGACGUGUCAGUCAGGGAAUCCCCAUCAUUGCCUUUCCAGUCGCCUACACAGAUCACUCUUGAUUUUGAAGGAAACUCUGUGUCUGAUGGCCGGACCACCCCGAGCGACAUGGACAGAGAUGGAACAUCCCUGAAUGAAUCUGAAGCGACUGGUGUUAGGGACAGGAGGGACUCUGGGGUGGGAGCAUCGCUCACAAGGCCAAGCAGGCAAUUACGAUGGCAGAGUUUCCAAAUCUCUCAUCGCCUGAGCCGCUCCAUUGCAUCACUUCACAUCAGCAACCAGUCAGCAGCCCAGCUGAAUCUACUGCAAAAAUUCUCUCUGCUUCGUCUCACUGCCAUCAUGGAAAAGUACUCCAUGUCAAACAAACAUGGCUGGACCUGGUCUGUGCCAAAGUUCAUGAAGAGGAUGAAAGUCCCUGACUACAAGGACAAGAAUGUCUUUGGUGUGCCCCUGAUAGUUCACGUCCAGAGAACAGGUCAGCCUCUUCCCCAGAGCAUACAGCAAGCCCUGCGCUACCUACGGAGCAACUGUCUAGACCAGGUGGGUCUGUUUCGGAAAUCUGGAGUGAAAUCCCGAAUCCAGGCCCUGCGCCAGAUGAACGAGAGCUCCCCAGAAAACGUCAGCUAUGAGGACCAGUCAGCAUAUGAUGUGGCUGACAUGGUCAAGCAAUUCUUCAGGGACUUGCCAGAACCCCUCCUCACAAGUAAACUAGGAGAGACUUUUCUGCACAUCUAUCAAUAUGUCCCCAAGGAGCAGCGGCUGCAGGCGGUGCAGGCGGCCAUCAUGCUCAUGGCCGAUGAGAACAGGGAGGUUCUGCAGACCCUGCUCUGCUUCCUCAGCGACGUCACCUCCGUGGAGGAAAAUCAGAUGACCCCCAUGAACAUCGCUGUUUGUCUGGCCCCUUCCCUCUUCCAUCUCAAUAUAGUGAAGAAAGAAAGCUCUCCGAGAGUAAUACAGAAAAAAUAUGCAACAGGGAAGCCAGAUCAGAAGGACCUCAGUGAAAACCUGGCAGCUACUCAGGGACUUGCUCACAUGAUAAUGGAAUGCAACAAACUUUUUGAGGUCCCACAUGAGAUGAUCACCCAAUCCCGAAACUCCUAUGUUGAUGCAGAAGUGCAUUCUCCUACCCUGGAUGAGCUUGGUAAACAAGUGGAUGAGGAAGGAGGGAACUAUCAGGUGUACCUAGAAAAUCUCAUGCAAAAUCUCCAGAAAGAAGCAAAAGAGAAAUUCAAAGGAUGGGUCACAUGUUCCAGUGUAGAGAACACAGAACUUGCCUACAAAAAGGUUGGGGAUGGGAACCCACUAAGGCUUUGGAAAGCCUCAGUUGAAGUUGAAGCCCCCCCAUCAGUUGUGCUGAACCGAGUGCUGAGAGAACGUCACCUCUGGGAUGAAGACUUCCUGCAGUGGAAGGUGGUGGAGAGCCUGGACAAGCAGACAGAAGUUUACCAGUAUGUUCUGAACACCAUGGCUCCUCACCCCGUCCGAGACUUUGUUGUUCUCAGGACAUGGAGGACGGAUUUGCCCAAGGGGAUGUGCAUGCUGGUUGCCAUCUCUGUGGAGCACGAAGAGGCUCCUCUCAUGGGAGCUGUGCGAGCCAUCGUCAUGGACUCCCAGUACUUGAUAGAGCCCUGUGGCUCAGGGAAAGCCAGGCUGACCCACAUCUGCAGGAUUGACCUAAAAGGACAUUCCCCAGAGUGGUACAACAAAGGCUUUGGACAUCUGUGUGCAGCAGAAGUUGCCAGGAUCAGAAACUCAUUUCAACCUCUGAUUGCUGAGGGACCAGAAACAAAAAUCUGAGGAAGUGUUCCUGGGAGCAUGUGAGCAUAAAUCAGGAUCUAGCAGGGAACAGGAAUACUGAAAGCAAAGGUCUGAUUUAAGCUGCAGAAAUCUGCCCAGACUUGGGUCUAUACAAAGCUGAAAAAGGAAUUUUAUAGGAAAGUUCUUUUAUUCUGGAGACUUCACCUUCCCCCCUCCCCUGCAUCCACUCUGUAUUAAUUUUGAUUAUUGAACUAAACAUUUCUUCAGAGAGCUUUUAUUACUUUAAAAACAGAUUAUUGCCAUUACUUGUAUGUUACAUAACUCCGGUAUUUAAAGGCUUCUAAGAAGCAUAUUUUAAUUGUAAAUAAAUAAUGUACAGUA